AUGCUGCGCAUCCUUGCUCAGCGUGUCGUGGUCCGCCCAUGUUCUCCCUGUCGGAAGUUUGCGACCGCGCCGGACAACCUCGAGCUUCCUCCGCUCGCGCAAUGGCGGACACAAUUCCCUUUCAACACUGUUGUUACCCGAGAUGCGGUGACUAUCAAGAAUGCCGACAUGGCUGACGAAAUUGCAACUGCAUUUCUCAAGGCGACACCAGGCCACAGUGGCGAGGGCAAAGUGGUCAUAGAGGCUUUCCCAGUAGAACCACUCCCUCACUUCCUCAAGUAUUUGAAACCUCUUGAAGAAUUAGACUCGCGUGUAACUGUUCUUCCUCUAAGCGGACACGUCUGGGACACCUACUCUAAUAUCGAGGAACGGGGUUUAUUGCAAGACGUCCAAUCAGUGCCAUGGGAAUCUGGAACAUCCGACUUGCAGUUCAUCGCCCAAUUACCACACACUGUAUCCGGGGAACAGCUGAUUUCCCAGUUGUGCCGUACAGUGCCGGAGCGUUCGUGGCUGUUCCAAUACGGCCGUGUCCCCAUGAGCUUCAUUACAAGUCAACAAAUCUGGAACCGUCUGACUUCACCAAUGGGUUCCCGCUUGCGUUGCAAGUUGGGCGUCAUCGCAGAACUCUCCUGUGAAAUAACUGCGGCCGUUGACAGCAGGCGACUGGGGCCCUGGGAUGAUUGUUUCUAUCCUCCAGCACGGAAAUCCUCGAAAACUAUGGGAAAGCCUAUGCACGCUUUUACAUCGAUUCCAUACGUAGAUCAGAUUAUUACACCGGGCGCCAUGGAAGAAUGGGACUACGUCCUCCGAAGACUUUUCGUUACGAGGAAUACUCUACUCAAGGAUGCCUUGAACUCCCUUGCCCCUGGCGCCUCCAGUCUGGUCAGCACUCUGACAGAUACCAUGUUGCCACGCCACGAGCGAGUCAAUGUCACCAAGAACAUCUCAGAGUUGAACGCAUCCGAUUGGGCUUUGAUCUUGCGAGCAUUCCAUAACUGGCCGUUCAAGCCCCAGUUGCACUUACAGUACACUCAUCCAGAGCUUAUCCAUUAUUAUGGAUGGGUGAUAUGA